AUGGAACAAGCACUUUUGCAUCAAAAUUACAUGGAACAACAAUACUGUUUAUGUUGCUUAAAAUUGAAAUCUAUUUACAAAGAAGAUGAUUCAGUUUUCCUCGCUAUCAUUAUCCAUGUUUGCAGGAAAAUAAAAUUACUAAAAAUUGACUUAAUCAACUAUGGCUCAGGUUUCCAACUUCUCUUGAAACUGAAAGUAGUACUGACUAUUAGUACCACGACAGUGGUGAUCGUUUUGUUGUUACAAUUGUUUUCUUAUUGUUGCGUAGGUGAUUAUUUGAAGUGUCAAAUGGAAGAAAUUGCAGAUUCGAUUUACAGUAGUAAUUGGUAUUGCUUGCCAGCAAAAUUGAUGAGAAACAUCUUGUUAGUCAUAAUGCGAUCGCAGCAACCAGUUCAGCUGUUAGCUGGCAAAUUUUUCACUGUAAACAUUAAAACUUAUAUGACCAUAUUAAAAACGUCGCUGUCAUAUUUCUCCGUCUUACGAGUGAUGAUGGAUACGUAAAGCGAUUUUAUACAACUUUGGUACUCUCUUAGCGCUAAUCCGUCAACAGUAUCGGCGAAAAUUAUUUAAAGACAAAAACCGAAGAAAUGACAGACUACUUGUUAAAAAAAUUUUUUUGAAAAAGAGUAGAAAUAUAGUAUUUAUCAUAAUGUUAAUCCAGCUUCCAAUUAAGUUGUGAGCUCAAAAUUGUAAUUAUGCUUAAUCAGAGAAUGAAGAAAC